CCAAAGUGGCACUCUGCAAUUGGCAUCCUCCGCGGUAGAUCAUCAUUAGGAGCGGGCGUCGUUCCUUGAAGCAGUAUCCUCCCAAGUAGACGACGCAAGAUGGACAUGGAGCUCGACUCGCGAGAAGAGUCGUCGCUGCGCGGCUUCCUCGGCGGCCAGUUCGCCCACGGCCUCCACGCGAUCGACACGCGCGGCCACGACGACGAGGGCGAGAGCUACUACGGGUACGCGCGCGACCGCGUCGAGAGCUACCACGGCGACCGCCCGGACGAUAAGAACUGGAUGUACCCGACCAAGGUGGACGCGACGCGCCUCCAACGGAGUAGCAGCUACCCGACUGAGUCGUUUGCGCCGACGAUCUACCGCAAGGAGACCAAGCAGACGUCGUCGACGCCGGACUUUGCGAUAGCGUACACCCCGACGUCGUCGCGGUCGGGCCACCCCAACAUUAGCCCGACCAAUGGCAUGUCGCCGUUCCGCGGCCACGACGAGGUCGCCAACGGUAUCAUGAACUCGACGUCGAUCCCCGAGGUCGGCAACAAUGACACGCAAAAGCACCUGCGCUCCAAGAACCUACCGUCGAGCAUCCUUUUCAACUCGGGGCGGUGGUCUAUCGAAGAGCACAACCGGUUCGUCCAAGGCCUUGGCGCGUUCCCGCACGGCGUCCUGAACCGAUGGCGCAAGAUCUCCAAGGCCGUGGGCACCCGGACCGUGCUCCAGACGCGGACGCAUGCGCAAAAGUUUUUCCGGAAGCUCCAAAAGCAGGACGAGCUCAAGGCCAUGAACGACGACGAGAACUACCUCCCGAACGGCGAUGAGGUCAAGUCGACCAAGACGAGCAAGGUCAAGCCCACCGGCGUGUCCUACUCGGGGCUCAAGACGAAAGAAGAGCCGUCGUACGCUUCUGCCAACGCCACUGGCCGCCUCUCGGACCCUGGCACGUACGAAGCGUCCAACUCGGGACGGUCCCUCACGCCGCUGAGCAACAUCACCGAGCAUCAUAUGAGUCGGUCGUACAACCAGGCGCCGCAGCAGUCGUCGACGGGCCACCACGCGUCGCCCCCGAGCGCCUUUCCGUCCAACCUCUUUCCAAGCAUCUCGAUCCCGCCGUCGACGAACGCUCACCUGGCGUCUUCGAUUGCGACGCCGACGACCGAGUCGAGCCGCGCUUUCUCCAACAUGAGUCUAGGGCCGCGUACGUCUGCGUCGCCCGCGCCGGCGUCGUACCCACCGACGCGCGGCAACGACCAGUGGGUCGACUGGCUCCUGAGCAACAUUGACACGAUCGUGACCAAGAACGGGCGCCAGCCCAACGACGACGGCCGCCCGAGUGCCAAGUCGGACGCUGCCGGGUACCUCCGCGCCGGGCGGGCCUUUCGCAGUGCGUCCGAGUCGGCCGUACCGUCGCUGCACUACCGCCAAGACACGAGUGAGCCGUCGCAGUCGCAGCACGGGUCCUGGGAGGUGUACCCGUCCGCGUACAACAACAGCAACAGCAAUGUCAACCACCAUGGGAGCAACAACUACUACCGGGACGACGACGAGCACGACCAGCACGGCGGGUCGCCGCACGACCAGCAGCAGCAGUUCUACGACGGGCACGCCAAGUACUCGAUGUCGAGCGGCGACUAGUCGCCUUGCCUUUAGGCUGCCAUUUUCGCCCUGCCCCGGGGCCUUGUAUGCGCGUGGUUUUGGUUUUGUUAUUUAUUGAAUAUAUAUAUUGGCGCCUAGUUCUCCGU